AUUUAUUGCGCCUGGCAUGAGUUAAGGGGAAGAGUUACUUUUUCUUUGCUAUUUCGUCGCUUGCAGCAUCGAGAAUUGUUUACCACUUUGCAGGUAACUUAACAAGUCCGCGACCAUAGCCGAUCAAGGAAAAACAGAAGUUGAAACUUGCUCCGGGGCUUGCUCUGCAGGAAUGUCGCAGAACGAAAGACCCACUUUCUAUCGACAGGAGGUUAAUAAGACCGUGUGGGAGGUACCAGAACGCUACCAGAACUUGUCUCCUGUCGGUUCGGGUGCUUAUGGAUCUGUAUGCUCGGCAUACGAUGUGAAGACCGACUUAAAAGUGGCUGUGAAGAAGCUUUCAAGACCGUUCCAGUCCAUCAUUCACGCAAAGAGAACAUACAGAGAACUGCGGCUUCUUAAACACAUGAAACAUGAGAACGUUAUUGGCCUACUGGAUGUUUUCACACCUGCCACAAGUCUGGAGGAGUUUAAUGACGUGUAUCUGGUGACUCAUUUGAUGGGAGCUGACCUCAACAACAUUGUCAAAUGCCAGAAGCUGACAGAUGAUCAUGUGCAAUUCCUUAUCUACCAGAUUCUCAGAGGGCUAAAGUACAUCCAUUCAGCAGAUAUCAUACACAGAGAUUUGAAGCCUAGUAAUUUGGCCGUGAAUGAAGACUGUGAACUGAAAAUCCUAGACUUUGGUCUGGCCCGGCACACCGACGACGAGAUGACCGGAUACGUAGCGACCCGGUGGUACCGUGCUCCAGAAAUCAUGCUUAACUGGAUGCACUACAACAUGACAGUUGACAUUUGGUCUGUUGGCUGCAUUAUGGCUGAGCUGCUCACUGGGAGGACCCUAUUCCCAGGCACUGACCACAUCGAUCAGUUGAAACUCAUUAUGCUGCUUGUGGGAACACCAGGGCCAGAGUUGUUGAUGAAAAUCUCUUCAGAAUCUGCCAGGAAUUACAUCAACUCAUUGCCACACAUGCCAAAGAGGAAUUUUGCUGACGUGUUCAUUGGAGCCAAUCCUCUGGCUGUGGACCUGUUAGAGAAGAUGCUGGUUUUGGACACAGACAAGCGGAUCACAGCAGCCGAAGCACUUGCGCACUCCUACUUUGCUCAGUACCACGACCCAGAUGAUGAGCCCGAGGCCGAACCCUACGACCAGAGCUUCGAGAGUCGCGAACUGCCCAUCGAAGAGUGGAAACGUCUGACCUAUGAGGAAGUGGUCAGCUUUGAGCCUCCGGUUUUUGACGGGGACGAGAUGGAAUCAUGAUGUUUUGCCAGAGAUGGGAACCGAACUCAAACCUGACGUCUCUCCUUUUUGCAGCAUGCUGGUUUUCUGGACAAGGAUUAAGAGUAGUCCUGAAU